CUGCCAUUUUGGUUUUGUUCCCGUCUGCAGUCGCAAAGCCAGCAGCGCAAUUACAUAGAAGAGACUCUCAGCACAACGACAUAGUGACUCGACAAUAUAGUGCGGACCAUCCUAAUCCUGCAUCUCGUUUCUUGUUUUUGUACCAAACGUCGCAUUUACAACCAUUGAUAAUACUGACAUCUAGACACUGCGAGAGAGGAGCGGGUUCGCAUUGGGAAGGGAUCGAGAAGGAUUAUUGAUGUCCAGCUCGCCGCUGUCCAAGAAGCGUCGCUUGUCAGGAACAGAGACGAAGACGGGAUCCCACUGCUCCUCCUCUAACUCUGUCAGAACUGAUCUAUCCCACACACCUGCCAACGGCAUGGCUAAGAAUGGCAAUGAUGCUGAGAUUGAUGAAGGCUUGUACUCCAGACAACUUUAUGUGUUGGGCCAUGAUGCUAUGAAGCGCAUGCAGAACUCCAGUGUCCUCAUCUCUGGUAUGAGAGGUCUUGGAGUGGAGAUUGCCAAGAACGUCAUCCUUGGAGGAGUUAGAAGUGUCACUGUGCAUGACCAAGGAGUUGCAGAAUGGAGGGACCUCUCUUCUCAGUUUUACCUUCGGGAGGAGGAUCUGGGAAAGAACAGAGCAGAGGUUAGUCAGCCCCGUUUGGCUGAACUCAACAACUACGUCCCUGUGACCGCCUACACCGGAGCCCUCACUGAAGAAUACCUUACCAAGUUCCAGGUGGUGGUGCUGACUAAUGCCAGUCUUGACGAGCAGCACCGUAUCGGAGAGCUCUGCCACAGCAAAGGAAUCAAGCUGAUUGUCGCAGACACACGUGGUCUGUUUGGCCAGCUUUUCUGUGACUUUGGUGAGGACAUGAUAGUGUAUGACACAAAUGGAGAGCAACCACUGAGUGCCAUGAUUUCCAUGAUCACCAAGGACAAUCCAGGGGUUGUGACAUGUCUGGAUGAGGCUCGUCAUGGCUUUGAGAGUGGAGACUAUGUCACUUUCACAGAGGUUCAGGGUAUGACAGAGCUCAAUGGCUGCCAGCCGGUGGAAAUUAAAGUUCUGGGUUCCUACACCUUCAGCAUCUGUGACACAGCUGCCUUUACAGAUUAUGUAAGAGGAGGGAUUGUCUCCCAGGUCAAGAUGCCCAAGAAGAUCUCUUUUAAAUCCUUCUCUUCCUCCAUGGCCGAGCCAGAGUUCUUGAUGACAGACUUUGCCAAGUUCGAUCGUCCAGGACACCUGCAUGUGGGCUUCCAGGCUAUCCACGCCUUCCAGAAGAAACACAACCGCCUUCCUGCUCCUUGGAACCAGGCUGAUGGGGAUGAGCUGCUGUCACUGGCCAAAGAGGUGAACUCCUCUCAGACAGGAUCAGCCAAAGUGGAGCAGUUGGAUGAGGCUCUUGUCAAAAAGUUGUCCUAUGUUGCUGCUGGUGACCUGGCCCCUGUCAAUGCCUUUAUUGGGGGUCUGGCUGCACAGGAAGUGAUGAAGGCCUGCACAGGAAAAUUCAUGCCCAUAAUGCAGUGGCUGUAUUUUGAUGCUCUGGAGUGCCUGGCAGAAGAGGAAGGAGUCAUGCUUACAGAGGAAGAGUGUGCCCCUAGGAACUGUCGAUACGAUGGGCAGAUUGCAGUGUUUGGCACCAAGCUGCAGGAUAUACUUGGCAAACAGCGCUACUUCCUGGUCGGAGCAGGUGCCAUUGGCUGCGAGCUGUUGAAAAACUUUGCCAUGAUUGGACUGGCAGCCGGAGAAGGUGAAGUCAUCGUAACAGAUAUGGACACCAUAGAGAAGUCCAACCUCAAUAGACAGUUUCUCUUCAGACCCUCCGAUGUUGCGAAAAUGAAGAGUGACACAGCUGCUGCUGCGGUGAAGCAGAUGAACCCCUCAAUCAGGAUCACAGGUCACCAGAACAGGGUGGGCCCUGACACAGAGAGGAUCUAUGAUGACGACUUCUUUGAAAGCCUCAAUGGAGUGGCUAAUGCCCUUGACAAUGUUGAUGCACGUAUGUACAUGGACCGGAGAUGUGUGUACUACCGUAAACCUUUAUUGGAGUCCGGUACUCUGGGUACCAAAGGCAAUGUCCAGGUUGUGAUCCCAUUCCUCACGGAGUCAUACAGCUCCAGCCAAGACCCACCUGAGAAGUCCAUUCCCAUCUGUACCCUCAAGAACUUCCCAAAUGCCAUUGAACACACACUGCAGUGGGCCCGUGAUGAGUUUGAGGGACUGUUCAAACAGCCACCGGAAAAUGCCAUGCAGUACCUCACAGAUCCAAAGUUCAUGGAGCGUACUCUGAAACUUCCCGGAGCUCAGCCUGUGGAGGUGCUGGAGGCUGUUUACAAGAGUCUUGUCACAGACUGUCCUCACAGCUGGGCUGACUGUGUAGCCUGGGCACGCAAUCACUGGCAGUGCCAGUACAGCAACAACAUCCGCCAGCUACUGCACAACUUCCCCCCAGAUCAGCUCACCAGCUCUGGUGCCCCCUUCUGGUCUGGUCCAAAGAGGUGUCCUCACCCCCUUGAAUUCAGCACUAGCAAUGAGCUGCACAUGGACUAUAUAAUGGCAGGAGCCAACCUGUUUGCCCAGACAUACAGUGUGCAAGGCAGCACUGAUCGUGCAAGCGUGAUCAAGAUCUUGCAGGAUGUCAAGGUUCCGACCUUUACCCCUCGUUCAGGGGUCAAAAUCCACGUGUCUGAUCAGGACCUGCAGAAUAGCAAUUCAUCUGUUGAUGACUCCAGACUGGAAGAGCUGAAGACCCAGCUGCCUUCCCCUGAGUCUUUCCAGUUCAAACUCAACCCUAUUGACUUUGAGAAGGAUGAUGACACCAAUUUCCACAUGGACUUUAUUGUAGCAGCAUCCAACCUGAGAGCAGAGAACUACGACAUUCCCCCCACAGACAGACACAAGAGCAAACUGAUAGCUGGCAAAAUUAUUCCUGCUAUUGCCACUACCACCGCUGCAGUGGUGGGCCUGGUGUGCCUGGAGCUUAUCAAAAUUGUCCAAGGACACAAGAAGCUGGAGACAUACAAGAAUGGCUUCAUGAACCUGGCCCUGCCUUUCUUUGCCUUCUCUGAGCCUAUUGCUGCUCCCAAACACAAGUACUACGAAAUCGACUGGUCAUUGUGGGAUCGCUUUGAGGUCACAGGGUUGCAGCCCAAUGGGGAAGAGAUGACACUCCGACAGUUUUUGGACCACUUUAAAAAUGAGCAUAAGCUGGAGAUCACCAUGCUUUCUCAGGGAGUGUCCAUGCUCUAUUCCUUCUUUAUGCCUGCUGCCAAACUCAAAGAGCGACUGGACCUGCCGAUGACAGAGAUUGUGACCAAGGUGUCCAAAAAGAAGCUGGGCAAGCAUGUGAAAGCCCUGGUGUUUGAGCUAUGCUGUAACGACUUGUCAGACGAAGAUGUGGAAGUGCCCUAUGUCAGAUACACCAUCCGCUGAGCUCUACACUGAACUUACCCACAGGAGGGGAGGGAUUGCAGGGGGGGAGACAGGGAGUGGGUGUCCAAAGUGAGGCAUUGAGGGAGCGGACGGGGCUGUUGAUCCGGGUCAGCUCUGUUGGAUCAAUCAGUUUUUGUUUUUGUUAUUUGUUGUUUUUGUUGUUCUUUUUUAGGCCUGUGGUUUGUGUAAACCUGUGCCUGAGUGUACAUAGCCCCAGUAAGCUGAUUUUAAGGAUGUGUAUGUGUGUUAAGGAUCCAGCUAGUGCUCGGCUUUGGGAACAGGGGUGUCACGGGGGGGAAGAAGCAUGUAUGCUGGACCUCCUGAUGUUUCUUAGGAGCAGAAGUCCUCCACUCAGUAUAAUUCAAAACCUCUGUGUUCUCUUGGCACUCCAUAGCCGAGCUAGUGUCCCUCUGAAACAUCCUCACACAAACCUUUACAAGCCUUCAGCACUAAAGAGGAUGGAUCUCUUAAUCCAGCCAACUGUCUACCCUCCGCUCUACUCGGCUCUACUUGCUCUCUUCCUUCCUGCAACCCCUGUCUCAGAGACCUGAUCCCACAUUACUGUUUGUUUGUUGUUGUUGUUUUUUUUGUUUUGUUUUUUUUUUUUAAAGAUGCACCUCAUUCAGUAAAGGUUCAGUCAAGAAUCCCAGAAAUAGGACUUUUCUUUGCCCCAGGGUCAUAUCACUGCCCUUAAUUCUAUUUUAUGAGUCCCCAAAUUCAAAUCUGUAGAAGCCCCGACACAUACAAACCCGAGUCAGCGGCCUCUCCUGACUGGAAUAAUAGUGUCUCACACCAGCAGAAUAGAAACCCUGGCCGGUCUGAGGCAUCCUGACGACUCACCUCAUCGAGCACUCUUUGCAGAGGCUCUUACACAAGACAUCAGUUUUCCUCUUUAUUCUCUUUAUAUUUCAUGUGUCUUGUUAAUUUCUAUUUCAUUUUAUUUUUUGUUGGGUUGGGGGGGGGGCAAAGGUUUGGUGCACACACCUUGUAGAUCAUAAACUGUCUUCUUUCUAAACUCCAAAUGACAUUACAGUAUAAGAACAAGGCAAUGAGAUGUAUCUUGAAAUGGGAGCACUUAGUGUGAUAGUGAAUAAAGAUGUAAAAACAGA